GCGGCCCCCCCCGGCCCCGGCCCCGGCCCCGUCCCGCCCCACCGCCCUGCCCUUUGCCCGGCCCCCGCUCUCGGCCAAUCGGGCGGCGCCCUGUUGGCUGUGCCCGGCGUCCCGCAGCACGGGUCAAGAUGGCGGCGCGCGCGCAGCGGGGCGGCCUGGCGGCGGCCUUCCUUGCCGGUGCCCUGCUCACCUUCGGCCGCCUGCCGCUCGUUCCCGGCGAGGCGGCGGCAGGCUCGGCGGGGGCCCUCCCGCACCGCCGCUUCGAGUACAAGUACAGCUUCAAGGGGCCGCACCUGGUGCAGGCGGACGGGACGGUGCCGUUCUGGGUGCACACGGGCAAUGCCAUACCAAGUGCAGAUCAGAUUCGUAUAACAACAUCUUUGAAAAGCCAAAGAGGGUCAGUGUGGACAAAAACCAAGUCAAUAUUUGAAUAUUGGGAAGUCGAAGUGACGUUUCGAGUUACAGGAAGAGGCCGCAUUGGAGCUGAUGGAUUGGCAAUCUGGUUUACAGAAGAUCAAGGCUUGGAAGGUCCUGUUUUUGGGGCAGCUGAUAAAUGGAACGGUGUUGGAAUUUUCUUUGAUUCCUUUGACAAUGAUGGAAAGAAAAACAAUCCUGGAGUGAUUGUUGUAGGCAACAAUGGAAAACUUCUGUAUGACCAUCAGAAUGAUGGUUCCACGCAAGCGUUGGCAUCGUGUCAGAGGGACUUUCGUAACAAGCCCUAUCCUGUUCGAGUAAAGAUAACGUACUAUCAAAAAACAUUGACUGUUUUAAUUAACAAUGGCUUUACUCCGGAUAAAGAAGACUAUGAGUUUUGUGCAAAAGUGGAAGAUAUGGUGUUGCCAACACAAGGAUAUUUUGGAAUAUCUGCAGCAACAGGGGGACUUGCAGAUGAUCAUGAUGUCCUGUCUUUUCUGACCUUCCAGUUGACUGAGCCUGGGAAGGAAGCACCAACACCAGAUGCAGAAAUUCCUCAAAAAGAUAAAGAGAAGUAUCAAGAAGAGUUUGAACACUUUCAACAAGAGUUGGAUAAAAAGAAGGAAGAAUUUCAAAAGGAGCAUCCUGAUGUGCAGGGACAGCCAGCGGAUGAUCUUUUUGAAACUGUAAGUGAUCGUGAACUAAGGCAAAUCUUUGAGGGGCAGAAUCGAAUUCAUCUUGAAAUCAAACAGCUUAAUAGGCAAUUGGACAUGAUUCUGGAUGAGCAAAGGAGAUACGUCUCUGCAGUGACAGAUGAGAUUGCUAAAAGAGGAGCUGGUUUUCCAGGUCAGCAAGGGCAGGUUUCCCAGCAAGAGAUUGAGACAGUUGUGAAAACUCAAGAAGAGGUCAUUAGACAAGUAAAUGAAAUAAGAAAUUCGGUGGCUGACACUCUGAGGUUGAUCAGUGGAGCUCAACAUCCUGGAUCUGCUGCAGGAGUCUAUGAAACAACUCAGCACUUCAAUGACAUCAAAGAACACCUUCAUAUAGUAAAGAGGGACAUUGAGCAUUUAGUACAACAAAAUAUGCCAUCUAGUGAGAAAUCUAAGUGCCCAGACUUGCCACCGUUUCCAUCGUGCUUAUCUACAAUGCACUUCUUUAUAUUUGUAGCGGUGCAAACAGUGUUAUUCAUUGGUUAUAUCAUGUAUAGGAGUCAACAGGAAGCAGCAGCCAAAAAGUUCUUUUGAUGACCUGUUCCUUUUGUGUGUACAUAACAGCAGUAUGUAUACACAGAAAAUGAUACACUUCUGUAAAUGAGGGAAACUUUAGUGUUUGAUAUACUUCAAUAUUGUAAAUUAUUGAAUUUUGUUAAACAAAAUGAGUUCUCAUUUAAACUGUCAAUGCUAAGGUUAAAAACAGUCUGGGGAGCAGUGGAGCAAAUGCUAGACGGGGUCCGCAGUCUUCCCCUGUCUAGGUCUGUGUUUUCAGCUUUCUCGUAAAUACUGGAAAGCAGAUACUGUAUUCCUCCUCUUUUCUCAAGAUUCCAGAGAAGGGAAUUGAAACACCCAGGUUUGAUGGUUGUUCAUAAUGAGAAUUGCAGAUGGCAAAAAGAAAGCUUGCCACCAAGUAUCCUGACGUAGCAGUUAAAAAAAAAAAAAACAAAAACAAGCAAGCAAGCAAACAAAAUCAUACAAAAUAAAUUUAAAAAAACAAACAAACAAAACCCAACAAACAAAAAAAGCCCAACAACAAAUCCUGAACAGCUGCUCCCCUCCAUUUUUUGGAGGGGGUUGGUGUGGAGGGAUGUAGAAAGUUGUUACAAACAUUUAAUUCCUUUACCACUUGGAUUUAACGGUUUAAUAAUCAUUUGGUUAAUUCUAACUUUUCAUGAAAUAUAAACGCUUUUUAAUAUGUGGACACGGAGACAGGCCUUUAGCAGUCUGACUGUUGAUAGCUGUUAUAGAAAACAAACUAUACAGAACAAGCAAAUAAAAGCUUAUCUCCUUAUUUUGGGGUUUGGUUUUAGGCAGUGAGAGAAGAAAUGAUAAAGUAGUUUAUUCAAGUAUAUUGUGGGACUGACUUUUUUUUUUUUUGUAGUUUCAAGUCUAUGUGUAAUUCUGUUUGGAGAUUUGUGAAUCUUUUUCAGCAAAGAUAUCAUUGCUUUAUACCUCUUCACAUCUGAUUUAUUAAGGUUACGUUUAGUGUAUGAAUAUGUCUUUACUUUUAUAAAACUGUCUUGUGUCUUUCAUGUAUCAGAUACAGAUGUUUUGAUUUAAAUCUUGAUAUGGCAGGUAUUCUAAACUACAGGUGUAUUGAGUGUUAACAUGUUUCUCACAAGCUGUUGCUUCAGUCUUGUUUGUUAAUCCAGCAGCUAUUGUAGAACCAGUGUGUCAAUUCCUGCUUUAAUAUCAAAAGGAUAAGAUGGAACAUGUGGUUUUGAUACUGCUUAUCAGGUGAACAUUUGCUUCAGAAAAGAGACAAAGCAGAUAGCCCAAAUUACGAAUGUGAAAUGAAUUCAUUUUGUCUUGUUUACAUAUCUGUGGUAACUUUGUCCUUGAGUUGUUUGUGUAUAGAGUUAGAAUAGGGGUUUUUGGUUUGGUUGCUUUUUUUUUUUUUUUUUUUUUUCAAUGCUUUCAAAUACACAAACGCACCAGGAUGUUUCACUUUUAAUUAUUAAUCUGUUUGUCUGAAUCUUCAAAAAUUAUCUGGAAUCUAGCAUACUACUACUGCAUUUCUACAAUCUACUCCCUUGGAGUGCAACACAUGCUGCCAAAUUCGCUGUAAUCAACACUUCAGUAUUGUGCCUGUCGGUUUGAAGAAAUGAUAAAUCUAUGCAAUAUAUUUUGUUACUUAAAAUGUUCAAAAAGUGGAUGUCUGUGCUAUACCAAUAAAAUGAUACUACCGACACACCUAUUUACAUAGCUACAGUAUGUAGUAUACUGCAAGUGGUAUAGCUUUGUAGAUUCAUUUCUAAAUUUGAGAAGAUUUUGCUGUACUAAUUGGAGAAAAUACUGCCUCAAAACUAAUCUCGCUGGAUAGAGUAAAUCAAUGAAAAAAAACUUUUCAGAUAAGCCACAGGAAUUUAUCCAUUCAGUUCUUUCAACACCAGCAAAUAUUUACAGGUGCCUUGAGUCUAAGCUAUUACAACCCUGACUCUUCAAACUAAACUUAAUGUAUUUUCUUAAAUUGUUCUGAAAAUGUACAGUGGUGUUCCUUUCAGUUGCAAGCCUUCUUGCAUCAGUGCAACACCUAAACAGAACUCUCUCGCAGCAGGCUUUGCAAGACCCUUUAUACAGAAGGACUAGCAACUGUAUUUUAAUAAGUAGGUGCAUAUAUCUGGCAUGAUGAGGAGCAGCUCUAAUGUAUUAAUUGGAGGAAGCCUGUAUCUUUUGUUACUGUGAAUUUAUCCAACCCUAACUUUGUUUUAAAGCUGGAGCAGACCACACUUUUAUGUCUUUUGUUGGAGAGAUGCUGGGGAUGGUGUCUAGGGGAAGACUGAACCUACAGUUGUAUCUUCAGUAUGAGGCUCAGUUUGUGUGUUUAUGCUGCUAAUAGAUCUGACAUAUUCCUUGUGCAACUAGGAAGCUUUUGUAUUAGGGAGCAGAAGGUCUAAAGCAUAACAUCCAAACAGCGGUAACUUUAGUUGAUGCUUCAUUUCACAGUCCUCUCUCCUUGGAACUUCUGUAAUUGCCACAUCACUCACUGGAUCAAGGGAGAGCUCCCACUUGCCCAGCUCAGAUUUUGUCCUGUCUGUUCUUGAGGUGAUAGCAACAAAUUCGGACUUUAAGAAUAUUUGUCACUCAAUUUAGUCUUCUGUUACAGUUGGCUACUAGAAGUUUCUUACAACACUGAUAGUGUAUUUGAUUCUUACCAAGUAAGAUUUCAGGACUAGGAGAACACACCUUGGAAUCCAGUUUGACAAUAUGGGGAGAGCAAGUCUAAUAGUUGUAUUUGAAGCGUGGAUGAUAAGUAGCAAAUAUUUGGCAGUGACAAGAGAAUCUCAUUGUGCUGGUCAGAGUAUAUUAAAUACAAGGUCACAUCUGAAUCCUUCAAAAGUAAAAUUCACAGUAUGGUUUGUAUAUUACCUAACUUCCUGUUUGAAGAAAAUUUGACAUUUAUCAGUGCAUCAGUUCCUGUAACACCGAAGACUGUCUACUUUUUUUUUUUUUUUUUUAAUUCAAACAGCUGACACUUUCAUGUUUGUUUCUGACUAAUGUAAAUUGACACUCGGAGUGCAGAGAUAACCUUGUUUCAAUAAAGAUGCAUAUUUUUAGUAA